AUGGCAAUCAAAGUUCCAGGCAUCCCUGAGCUUCGGCUCCACAGUCCAUUCUGGCAAAAUAUCAUUAUGGGCUAUCUGGUUGCGCUGACAGCUGGCCUGUAUGUUGCUCUGAAUCUUCUAGGUGCCGGCGGCGGACGACCCAACAAUGCACAAACGGUCCAGAUUGUGAACGCUACCCUCUGUUCGGUGUGGUUCUUCUCUUCUUCAUUCGGCGGCAGUGUCCUAAACACCAUCGGUCCAGCUGUCACUGCUCCUCUCGGAGUUUGUGGCUAUAUGGUGUAUGUGGGAAGUCUUUGGUAUUUCGACGCCACGGGCAAAGAAGGCUUUCCCAUUGCUGCUGGUGUGCUCAUUGGUAUCGGUUCCGGGCUGGUUUUUGUUACUAUGGGAUACAUAGCUAUGUCAUACUCGGAAGAAGACAAUCGAGGAUCGUUCAUUACAAUGUCCAUCAACAUUCAAGCAUGUGGAUCUAUUGUGGGCGGGAUAAUUCCCCUGAUCAUCAACCGUGACUCGACUGUUGCUGCUGGGGUGCCGCCAUCGGUCUAUAUAAUCUUCCUGGUUUUGCAAGGCACCGGCGCCGUUGCUGGUUUCUUUCUCCUGCAAGACCCAGCGACCAUAAUAAGAGACGACGGCACGCCCAUUGCGGCAAUCAAAGCUCGAGGGUUUGUGCAGGAACUCAAAGCCAAUCUUGAAAUUUUCACAGAUUGGAAACUGCUCUUAAUGGUUCCGGCUUUCCUGCCUGCUGAGUGUUUCCUCGUGUACGGCGGCUCGGUCAACGCAUAUCACAAUAAUCUGAGAACUCGAUGUCUCUUAGGAUUUAUCUCGGUCGUCCUCCAGGUUCCAUUCGGAUAUGGCCUACAACUUAUCUUGGACCACAAAGCCUGGCACCGACGGACGAGAGCCUUCAUUGGACUUGCUGUUGUGGGGAUCCCACUCAUCGGAGCCUGGAUUUGGGAAAUUGUAAGAACGCGAAACUACGAUCGCCACGCAACCCCAGGACAUCUCACAGACUGGACAGACGGCGAAUUCGUUGCCAUUUUCUUCCUCUUCAUGCUCAAUUGGAUUGCCUCUUCGCUCUGGCAAUACCUUAUUCUCUAUUAUCUGGGAUGCUUUACCAACUCACCGCGAAAAGCGGCAAAUUAUGCAGCAAGUAUUCCGCUGGGUGUGUUCCGUGGCUUCCUCGGUGCAGGCGAAGCUAUUUGCUUCGGGCUUGACUCGAUCGGCAUUCCGUACAUCAAAGAGGCGGGUGGCAUCUUCGCGUUCUAUACCACUGGUGUGCUUAUCUUCUUGUACAUGGCAGCGUUCCACAUUGAAGAAACAAAAUAUUUUAGUGGCGAGGAGGAUGUUGUAAUUCCUAAGCAUGUGCUAGAAGAGCAUGCUGUUGUCGGUAGUCGCGGAGACGAGAAUCAAUCAGGUUCAAAGGAUGGAGAGACGCAACAGAAGGGUUCCGCUUUAGAAAAGGUGGCAGAUGCCUCAAUUUAA